AUGAAAGUUCACGAGGCUAACGAGAUGUUUGCUCCGGGAGGCACACAAGAUGAGCUGACAUGCCCCAAAUUGCGGGACCACUCUGAACCAGAAAUCCGUCAGUGGAACGCACAGAAACAUGCCACAAUUUUAUAUCUCUUACGGAAAAACAUAAAUGUGCUAUUUCACUACAUGAAACCUCAUCGCAGAAACAAGCCAUCCGCGUUCUCCUUGAGGGCCGGGAACGGUGAACCCACGAGCGAGUGGUAUUGGGACCGUGAAAUAAGUAAUUUUGUCUACCGCUUAUCCCGUUUUGAGUGCUUUCUUUCCCGAAAGUUUUGUGAACGACAGCCACUGACCGACAAGAACAAAACCGACCCGGGAGACUUGGGCAAAAGCCUCGAUCCUGUGUAUCAAUCCGUGAAUCCGUGA